GAAUGAUAGCUCUGAGAUCUCACCACAACUACAUAGCAUCGUGGUAAACGAUUUAAUCCUGUUAAAAGUAGCCGCAAAAGCAUCAUCAUGAAGCUUGUAAGAUUUUUGAUGAAACUGAGUCAUGAGACUGUAACAAUGGAGUUAAAAAAUGGAACUCAAAUACAUGGUACUAUAACUGGUGUGGAUGUUGCCAUGAAUACCCAUUUAAAAUCGGUUAAAAUGACUAUCAAAAAUAGAGAUCCCGUUCAAUUGGAAACUCUAAGCGUUAGAGGUAACAACAUAAGAUACUUUAUUUUGCCGGACAGUUUGCCGCUCGAAACGCUGUUAAUUGAUGAUACACCCAAGUCAAAAUCAAAAAAGAAAGAGACGAACCGCGUUGGAAAUCGUGGCCGUGGAAGAGGAGCAAGAGGAAGAGGCGGUCCGCGAGGCAGAGGUAGAGGAAGAGCCUCGACUAGACGAUAAAUUAUGCUCAAAUUUAUAAUAAUGAAUAAAGUACAACAAAUCGUCA